GAUUUUUAUAACUGGAAUAUUGUUGAGAUCCGGUACUGUGAUGGGGCAUCAUUUAUGGCAGAUGUUGAAGUCGUUAAUCCGGAAACAAAUCUCCAUCUAAGAGGCCGGAGAAUCUUCACCUCCGUAAUUGAAGAGCUCAUGUGUACUCAAGGAAUGAGUAAUGCUGAAAAUGCUUUACUCGUAGGAACCUCGGCAGGUGGGUUGGCGACGAUCCUAAAUUGUGAUCGUUUCCAUUCUUUCCUACCCGGUGCUUGUCGUGUAAAAUGCAUUUCAGAUUCGGGCUUCUUUAUUCGAGCGGAACAUCUCCGUGGAGCUCAGGACACUGCCACAGACUACUUUCGCAAAGCAGUUUUGUUUCAUGAAUUAGCCCAAUUUCUACCGGAGUCAUGCACACAAAGACUUGCUCCAGAAUUGUGCUUUUUCCCGGAAAAUGUGGUCAGUGAUAUCCGGACGCCAUUGUUUUUGCUAAACUCGGAUUUUGACAAAUAUCAAAUAACGAUAUACAUAGCACCAAAUUCGCCUAACGAAAUGGGCUGGAAUAAUUGCACGAGCAUGCUUUCAAGUUGCACAGGAAAUCAACUAAGUAUCAUAAUGGAUUUUCAGACCACAUUUCUGAAAACAUUGGAGAAACUAGAUGAUAAUCCAUCAAGAGGAUUAUUCAUCACUUCGUGCUAUGAGCAUGAUUUUAUUUACAAACAGUAUUGGCAAGGAACACUCACUUUGCAAAAUAAGACAAUUCAACAAGCCGUGAGUGAUUGGUAUUUCGAAAGAAGUAGUGUUGCACUCGUAGACACUCAAAAUUUAUCUCCAAUUAACUGCAGUGUAACAGUUUGAAUCAUGAGCCGGUUGUUUGGGGAAGGUGAUGAAUACGAAAAUGGAGACUGUUUAAUUGCGGGAAAGGAAAAGGAAUUUCUUCUGCCUAUGCUGCAACAAAUGAACUCAUUGCUUACAAGAAUUAUAUGUGCAAUAAUUAGUAUUUUGCUUUCUAUUGGAGAUUCGUUUAGCUAAUUUAGGGAGAAAACUGAAAAGGAGUUUGUCCUGAUCAAGCAUUUGAUUAUUGAAGAAGAUAGGAUUAAAUUAUGUUGUCUGGGAAACCAAACGAGGCCCAAAAGGAUAAAUCAUCACUUCGUAGUGCGUGCUAUGCCCGUGAAUCGUGAUUUAAUUCCUUAUCCACCCA